GGCGGUAAUGAACCAUUAACAUUGGAUGCCAACCGCCGUUAAACCCCAUCGAAAAAGAAGAAGAUCGAGUAGAGAGUCGAAGACUGGUUGAUAGACAUCAGGACACCGUAAUGGCUUUGCGGCACGGUUUGGACUCGCAGAUAGUAAUAGUUGGCUGUGGAAUAUCUGGUAUUGGAGCAGCUUUGAAGUUAACCAAACAUGGUUACCGCAAUGUGAGGAUCCUGGAAGCGACGGGGCGGAGUGGAGGAAGGAUAAAGACAGGCAAAAUGGGUAAUAACAUCAUAGAGAUUGGUGCUAACUGGAUCCAUGGUCCAUCGGAGGCUAACCCAGUGUUCUGUCUGUCCAGACAGUACAACCUGCUGGACCCAGAGAGCCUGACUCAGGAGAACCAGGACCUGGCUAUAGGAGGUCACCCACCAUGGGUACCAAACUGGUUCUCCAGCUCCGGUCAUAAGCUGACUCCAGAGCUGAUGGGUCCUGCUCUAGAGCUGUUUGCUGAGCUGUUGGAGGAGGGAGGAGAGUUCAGCGAACAGGGAGGAGAACCGUAUAGCAGUGUUGGGGAGUUCAUAAGGACAGAGGUGCGUCAGCGUGCAGCAGAGCGGUGGCAAGGUGACAGUCUGUCCUGUCAGUCUGUCCGUCUGUCUUUGAUCAGUACUCUGCUGAAGGUGGAGUGUUGUGUGAAUGGAACACACACUCUGGACAUGCUGGGCCUGGGAGCCUUUGGACUGUACAAGACCUUGCCUGGAUUGGACUGCACCUUCCCCCGAGGUUAUGAAGGGUUAAUCAACAACUUGAUGAAAGAGCUUCCUACUGGGAUAGUCUCUUACCAUCGACCAGUCAGCUGUGUCCACUGGCAGAGGGUGGUGAGCAAAGGAGGGAGAGGGUACCCUGUAGUGGUGGAGUGUGAAGAUGGAGAGAGAAUCCCAGCGGACCAUGUCAUCCUCACUGUCCCUCUCGGUUAUCUGAAGAAGCAUCAUGGUACCCUCCUCUCCCCUCCUCUACCCCUCCACAAGCUGCACUCUGUUCAGAGGAUGGGCUUUGGAACCAACAACAAGAUCUUUGUGGAGUUUGACCAACCCUGGUGGGACGACGACUGUGAGGUCAUAUACCUGGUCUGGGAAGACGAGUCAGACUUGGUGGACCAGGUAUCAGAUGUGGAGAGACUCUGGAUCAAGAAACUGUUUGGUUUCACUGUCCUCAAACCCACUGAGAGGUAUGGCCAUGUGUUGUGUGGCUGGAUCGCUGGUCAUGAGUCUGAGUUCAUGGAGACUCUGCCAGAACAGGAUGUCACACACUCCAUAACACACCUGAUACGCAGGUUCACAGGGAACCCAACCAUCACCCCACGGCGUGUCCUGAGGUCUCAGUGGUUCCAUGACCCAUGGACCUGUGGCUCCUACACCUACACCGCUACUGGAACCUCACUGCAGGAUAUACACAACCUGGCUGAACCACUACCAGAACAAGGGGAACAGCCUCUCCAGGUGUUGUUUGCUGGAGAAGCCACCCAUCCUUCCUUCUUCUCCACUGUCCAUGGAGCGCUGCUUACUGGCUGGAGGGAAGCUGGUAGACUCAUAUCUCACUACUCCGCCCCCAGCACCUUCCAGCCAACCAGAUCAAAGCUAUAAGGACAAGAACUCACUCGUUGUAAAAGUGUUAUACUGAACAAAAAUAUAAAUGCAACAUGCAACAAGAUUUUACUGAGUUACAGUUUGUAGAAGGAAGUCAGUCAAUUGAAAUAGAUGAAUUAGGCUCUAAUCUAUUCAUUUCACAUGACUGGGCAGGGACACAGCCAUCCACUGAGGAGGCAGGCCCAGCAAAUUAGGUUCACCUGUGUGAUCAUUUUGCUGUUUAAUCAGCUUCUUUAUAAGCCACACCUGUCAGGUGGAUGGAUUAUCUUGGCAAAGGAGAAAUGCUCACUAACAGGGAUGUAAACAAAUUUGUGCACAAAAUUUGAGAGGAAAACGCUUUUUGUGUGUGGAAGAUUUCUGUGAUUUAUUUUGUAUUUUUUAUUUAGGCUCGAGAAACAUAGGACCAACACUUUGCAUGUUGUGUUUUAUAUUUUUGUUCAGUAUAACUCUGGGUAUAAGUUACCCUUAUGUUUAGUUCUAGGAUCCGCUUACCCUCCACAACUCCUAAUAUUAACCAUUAGGGGAGAAGCACAAAACAGAACUUAAAACAGUGUGUAGGGACAACUUGAUCUUACACCAAAGGGCUCCAUAUCUUUGACUGUCCAACAUGGGUUAAUGUUCCCAGAACCUAUUGCUACUGAACCAUUUGUUGAGUAUUAUGAUCUUCACCAAAGAUUUGUUUUAGAUUAUUCACAAUUUGAAAUUGUUUUGAUUAUUACUUAAAUCAAAUUAAUUUGAAGCCACUUAGUCUCAUGGUGUCUGAUUUUACUAUUAACAAUUGGUGUUUAAUUCAAAUUAUUUUAGAUUUUCACAAUGUUCACCAUUACUUUCAGUGUCUUAAAGUAUUUUUUUAUGUAAUGUUUAAUAUCACGGCUUAAAUCUGUCCUCUUAAAUAUACUUCAUAUCAAUAAAAAACUGAUGUAUUGCACAAAAACUUUCAUAGGAAAUGUUUUGUUCUCUCUGUAAUAUAUACUGCUCAAAAAAAUAAAGGGAACACUAAAAUAA